AUGAAAAGAGUGUUGGUAGAUCAGGGAAGUGCUGUUGAGAUAAUGUACCCCGACUUGUACAAGGGACUAAAUUUGAAACUCGAGGACCUAACAACGUACAAUUCCCCACUAGUAAGUUUUGAGGGGAAGACAGUUAUUCCAAGAGGUCAGAUUAGACUGCCCAUACAAACCGGUUUGGAUGUGGUGGAAGUGGACUUCAUUGUGAUGGAUGCUUAUUCACCUUAUACGGCUAUUGUGGCUAGGCCUUGGCUUCAUGCCUUAGAAGUCAUUUCUUCUACCCUCCACCAGAAGGUGAAGUAUCCAUCCAACGGCCAAAUUAAAGAAAUUGUAGGGAAUCAAUUCAUGACUAGGCAGUGCAUGGUGGCUGCCAUCUUACAUAGGCCUAAUGCGGAGUCUUCGGCCUCUGCUGAAAGGAACUUAUAG